GUUAAUCGAGGGGUUAGCCGAAAAUUUCCCAAAUUUCUUCUCGCAACCUCCCCCGAGCACCGCCGACACGAUGCGAGGCACGUUGAUUUUUGCGGGCAGCUCCUGCCCGGAGCUCACCGACAAGAUAUGCCAUAACCUGGGCAUGGCGCGGGCCGACGCCGAGCUCAGCCAAUUCUCCAAUGGCGAGACGAGCGUGCGCAUCCUCACCAGCGUCCGGGAGAAGGACGUGUUCGUCGUGCAGUCAGGCAGCCCCAAGAUCAAUGACACCAUCAUGGAGCUGCUCAUCAUGAUCUCGGCCUGCAAGGGCGGCUCCGCCAACAAGAUCACUGCCGUGCUGCCCUACUUUCCCUACAGCCGUCAGUCAAAGAAGAAGUCCCAUAGGGGGGCCAUCACGGCCAGGAUGCUGGCGAAUCUGCUCGGUGUCGCGGGCGUCAAGCACGUCAUCACGGUCGAUCUGCACGCCUCUCAGAUGCAAGGCUUCUUCAGGUGCCCAGUGGACAACCUGCACGCCGAGCCUCUGAUCGCCCGCUGGAUCCGGCGCAACGUGCCCAGAUGGCAGGAGGCAGUGGUGGUGUCCAAGAACGCGGGCGGCACCAAGCGGGUCACCUCGCUCGCCGACGCCCUCAAGCUCAACUUUGGCAUGGUGACCACAGAUAAGAAGAGGGGGCCGAACCAGAGCCUGUCGGCCAGCAUGAUCUCGUACCCUCUCGUAGGACUUGACCGGCAGCCCGGGCUCGACACCGCCGGCGACCAGGUGCGUACCAACUCGUCGGAGCCCGAGAAUGAGGCCUCCGCUACAGACAGUGGUCGAUCGCAAGAUUCCCGCACCGCCGCGGAUGCUCAAGGAUCGCCGCGCAUGCGUGCUAAUGGCGUGCAUUCACGGAACUCUGCCAGCCGCAGAUCGGCUCCGGUGCGCUCGCAGACCACACUGUCCCAGUCGUCGGUCAUCGACGAGCUCGAUGAGGACGCCGAGGCAGACGGACUGGAGUACAACGACCAGCGAGCCCACGAGGUGACGCACGGUCGGCUGGUGCAGGGCCACAUUGUCCCGGAUGACUUCCCUUCCCCGGCCGGGUCGGUGGCCGAUACGAACGUGCCGGACGACGAUCCGAUGGCAAUGUCUCACGCUUCGUCGUUCUUUGCACCCCAGCCCCAUGCCCUGGGCGGCUCGGGAGACGCCGGCGCGAGCUCGGACGAGGAGGACGACAUACUCAAGGACCCCAAGGUCGAGCGCACGAUAACGCUCGUGGGCGAUGUCAAGGACCGGCCCGUCCUCAUUAUCGAUGACAUGAUCGAUAAGCCCGGGUCGUGGAUCGCAGCCGCUGAAACGGUGGUUAAGCGCGGCCGCGCCAACAAGGUUUACUGCAUCGCCACUCAUGGCGUCUUUGGAGGAGAUUGUUUGGAGCAGAUGCAAGCAUGCGACUGCAUCGACGCCAUCGUCGUGACCAACAGCUAUCCAAUCCCGGAGCACAAGGCACGCAACGCGAGCAAGCUGGUGGUUCUAGACCUGUCCUUCCUCUUGGCCGAGGCGAUACGGCGGAAUCAUUACGGCGAGUCGAUGUCGCCGCUGUUCCAGCACCUCAUGGAUUGAUCAUGGCAGGUUAUCUCUCCUUUCGUUUUCCGCUUCUCGUCUAAAUGGCUCUCUCAGAUGCCACACAGAGCCUAUUUCUUAUUUUCCGUCUCUGGGUGUUGGGCG